AAAAGACGGAAAUAAAAUUAAGUAAAAAAGGAAACAAAAAAAACCGCGGCUGCCCUAUACCAAAACCCGGGAGAUUCUAGGUAUUUUUUUUUUUUGGGUUUGCUGAAUUGAUUUGUCCAGCGAUAGAGAUCGAAACACACAUUCGAUCCUUCUGAGGGAAAUCGGGAAUUCCCAAUUCUGGUCUUAUUCGAUCGGAUUGUUUUCUUCGAUUGAGUUUUGUUCGUAUUGCGGAAUUGAGCAAAAAAAAAUCCACUUUCUGGGUUUGUACUUUUGUCUCUUGUGUUGCCUUUGGGUCGUGAUCGGAUUUGUAAUUCGAUCAAGCGUAGUGCAAAUCUCGCGGUGGAUUUGGGUGGGGGUUUCACUGCUUCGUGGAUCGGUAGCCAAUAAUUUUGGGGCUACGGUGUGGAUUUGGGCGCUCGAUUUUGUUUUGGUGUUUGCAAUGUUAGCGAAGGGGUACUAGGGUUAAGGCUAGGGUUUGGUGGUGAAGAUUAGGGAUGGAGGAGUCUGAACUUGAAGAAGGAGAGGCUUGCUCUUACAAUAUCACUAACGAUUAUAGUGGAAGCAUGGACCCCGAUAACGAUCUCUCUUACAUUAUUGUUAAACUAGUGAAGGCUAGGCUUAUCUACCAUGUAACAAUUUUCAAAUCUCUAGUUUUCGAGUGCCGCGUGUUUUGUUUCUAUUCGAAUGGAACAGUUUUCAAACCAUCGGUUACAGUUUUACCGGAUAAAGUUUUCUUACAGGACGAGAAGCUUCAAAACAUCCUUGGACACUUCCAGAAAGACUUCGAGGGCGAUUUUUCUGCUGAGAAUCUUGGGGCGAAAUUUGGUGGCUAUGGCUCUUUCUUACCAACUUAUCAACGUUCCCCUGUUUGGUCUUUUCCAAAGACACCCGCAAAACCUCAGAGUUCUGCAGGGACUAGAUCUCCCAACGUUUUACUAGGGGAGUCCCAGAGUGGUAAUGCAGCUUCGUCUAGUGUUCCUAAAAAGGCGAAGUCCGAGCUUGCUUCCGCCAGAAUCCCCAAAAAAUCAAUGAAAUCCAAGAAACCCAAUUCCAGUUCCAGACUGGAAAGCGCAACCAAGAAACCUGGUGUCUUCAUUAAACAAAACUCUCUGAAGCUUCGCAUAAAGAUGGGAUCAGAGAGUUUAUCUACAGAAAAGAAUGUUGCUGCGAUAUACAGUGGCCUCGGACUUGAUGUGUCGCCUUCUUUGUCAUUAGAUAAUAAUAGUCUUUCAGGUAGUGAAGGGAUGAAUGGGGAACCUCGAGGUUAUUCUCCGUUGGAGUCCCCCACCAGUAUUCUUAAUGUAAUGACUUCCCUUCCUGUGGAUCAUUGUCAGUUGCUGUCUCCUCUCUCUGAUGAUCUGAUUCGAUUCAUGGAAAGGGAAAAACCCGAAAAGGGAUAUAAGUAUACAUCUCCGUCCAGGCUUUUUAUUGAGAGUUCUUCUGCUAUGGCGAACGGUUUGGAACCUCAGAAGGCUGGGGAGAAACCAUCAGUGGAGAAGAAAAGAAAGAUGGUGGAGAGGAAUAAUUUUUCUGCGGAGACAAAUGUCCGCAGCAAGAAGGCUCUGUUAGAUGGUACUGAUGCCACCAUGAAGGAGCCAACGGAAACAAACACAUCAUAUCCUACUGCUGCCGAGAAAGAAAUCACCAGUAGUAAAUUAUCUGAUGCAUCCAAGGAAAACUACAAUGGCGCUAUUAGGGGGGAAAUGGUGGGUGAUGUCGAGAGAAGAUUGUGGGGUCUAACUCGUCAUAAAGAUCUUGGGAUGCAUCAUGAGAAUCCAAAGACUAGUUCAGCUGGAAGUGUUCGGGAAGAUAAAAAGACUAAACUUGGUGAUGAUGAUGCUUCGAGGAAAGUUGGCAAAUAUAAAGGAAGCAAAGCUUCUGAUUCAGUAAAAAAGGAAUCGAGUGCGUUAAAGGUGAAAAAUGGUCAUAAGGCGGAGCCAGAACAUUAUUCGAGAAAGCAGAAGUCUGAUCAGAUAGAACAGGAGCCACAGUUUGCAUCGAAGUUUAAGGAGCAGAAAAGUUCUGCUGUGUAUGAUACAAAGAUGAAUGUUCAAGCUGUGAAAAGGGAAGUGGCAGCCUUGAAACCACAAAAUGAUGGCAAAAAGGCCGAGGAAACCUACAAAGACUUUUUUGGAGACAUAGAGGACUCUGAAGACGAAGAGGAACAUAACCGGUCGUUGGAAGUAAAAGAUUUCCGGAGGUCAGAGAAGGGACUUCCGGACUUAGAAGAUAUGCCUGACAAGUCGAGCUUCCCACUGGCAGAAUCCCAGAAUGUUGGUCCUGGACCCAUAUUGGGAAAACUCGGUUCUGAUACUUCUCUUCCGAAAGCAAACCCUGUGAUCAUACAAGAACAUUGGGUUGCUUGUGACAAGUGUGGAAAGUGGCGGCUUCUACCUUUUGGCGUCUACCCCGAAGACCUUCCUGAGAAAUGGAUGUGCGCAAUGCUUAAUUGGCUGCCUGGAGUGAACUAUUGUAAUGUUCCUGAAGAUGAAACAACGAAAGCUCUGUAUGCGAUGUAUCAGAUCCCUGUACCUGACAGCCAAGCUCCAAUGCAGAGUAAUCUCAGUGGCCUUAAGCCUCCGUUUAAUCAGGGAGAUGAUAACACAAGAAAGAAGAAGAAGGGCUUAAAAAAGAUAGACAAUGGAUUGGAUAAAGAAGUUUCUCGAACUGGAGAAAUUAACAAGAAGAAGAUCCUAACAUCAGCAAGAAACGGAAUUAGUCACAAUUCGCAUGGACUUGGUGACUUGGCCGACGAAGAGAGGCAAAAACAUAGACAGAAAGAGAAAGGAAAAGGAGUGGAUCACCACUCUGAUGAGUCGAGGAGCUUGAAGGUGAAUAACAAACGGAAUGCAGAUCUAGAGAGUUCUAUCCUGGCCAAGAAAAUGAAGAUUGAAAGUUUUCUGUUUCCUGAUGAAUCGGAGUUUGGAAAUGGACGUCCUACCUCGAGUAGUGGUGUCCCUGCCGCGUCAGCAGAGAAAAAUCCCAGGCCACAAGUCUCCUCUAAAAUGCCAAAAGAGGAAGGAGGAGCUUCAGACACAGGAAAUAGCAAUAGCACAGGGGGCAGUAAAAAGAGGAAACUAAAAGAUAGCCAUGGUUCUCGGGUGUACAGUGAGAACGGAAAUCAUGAACGAAAGAAACCUCGAUUUCUUAAAGAAGAAAAGGAGCCUAGUUUUUCUCAUGGCAACGGGAAGUCUGAAAAGAAAAGCAGAAAUCAUUCGCAAAGAGAGUAUGGACAUGUGCAGAACUUAAUCGCGGCUACUUCAAGCUCUUCUAAGAUUUCAGAUUCUCAUAAACCCAGAAACAGCUCCCACGAAGCUAAAUGUUCGCCUGUUGAGUCGGUGUCGUCCUCACCUAUGAGGAUUUCCAACCCGGAGAAAAGUGCAUCUGUAAGAAAGAAGAAAGAGGAAUCUUAUGAUGCUAACGUCUUUGCAGCAGGUACUUUGAGAAGAUUCUCAGAUGGUGAAGGUGAAGAUGAUGGUGGGAGUGAUAGAUCCCAAACGCGGACAAAGGACAAACAUGGAUCUCAUGAGUCUUCUGUGCUUGAUGUUUGGGAUAGUAAAGAAUCUUUGAAGGCCAAAGAGCGCUGUGAACCUUCUCUGGAUGCGAAUUUUGAGAAUGGUGGCCUCAAGGAUUUACCGCGAAAACUGGAUUAUAUUCAUGGUGAAGGAAUACAGUCUAGCGAUCAUCAUCGACGUAGCAAUGAUUCUUUGGCAAAGAAGUCAGGAAAAGGUUCAUUUUCUCGGUCCAAGAACCAAAGUAUCAGGUCUGAGUCACGGGAUGGUCCGAGACAUAAUGAAAAGAAGAUAUACGAUGGUAGUCCUGACAGUAGAGUAGAUAUGGUCGUGAGACCAAACAUUCCAAAGCCUAAUGACGUCGAAAGAAUAUCAGAAAGGAGUGAUAAAGCAGAUCUAGCAUCCCCAUCACGGCCACCAUCUAGAGGUGUCCAAGGGGAUUCCUCUAUUCUUUCUGCCCGUAAGAAAGUUGAAAAAUGCGGCACAUCAGCUGGGAAUAAUAGUAUUCAAUCUGAUGAUGCGACAAAGGCAACGGCCCAAAUAAGAAGGAAAAACGAGCCUUCUCCAAGCCCCUUGCGAAAGGAAGUAACAUCUGCGCAAGCCGCCCAUAAUAUUUUAAAAGAAGCUAAAGACUUGAAACAUACAGCUGACCGUCUCAAGAAUUCUGUAUCAAACCUUGAGCACAUUGAGCUAUACUUCCAGGCUUGCCUCAAGUUUCUUCAUGGUGCUUUUCUCUUAGAGAUGAGCAGCAACGAGAGUGCUAGACAAGGAGAGACAAUGGUCCAAUCUAUGAAGAUUUAUAGCAGCACAGCGAAUCUUUGCGGAUUUUGUGCCCAUGAGUAUGAGAAGUCUAAAGAUAUGGGAGCUGCUGCUCUGGCUUACAAAUGCAUGGAGGUCGCGUAUAUGAGAGUGGUUAAUUCUUCUUACACCAGUGCCAAUAGAUAUCGAAAUGAGUUGCAGACUUCUUUGCAAAUGGUUCCUCCAGGUGAGUCUCCUUCCUCUUCUGCCUCGGAUGUUGAUAACGUAAACCAUCCAGCAGCAGCAGCAGACAAAGUUGGCACCUCAAGGGGCAUCAGUUCUCCUUUAGUUGCUGGGAACCACGUCAUAUCUGCGCAAAACCGCUCUAAUAUUUUACGUUUAAUUCAAUUUGCUCAGGACGUAAAUCUGGCAAUGGAUGCCUCGAGGAAAUCACGUGUGGCAUUGGCAGCUUCUGUUGAAAACUUGGAGGAGGCCCAACAACAAGGAGAGGGUAUUGUAUCUAUUAAAAGCACCCUUGAUUAUAACUUCCAAGACUUGGAGGGUUUGCUACGUUUAGUUAAGCUUGCGAUGAAGGCCAACAACCGAUGAAAUACACAGCUAAAAUAAUUUGCGAAAACUGAGAAGGAGAGGCAAAAUUCUGAUGGUGGAAAGAAUCAUAUGUUGCCUUGCGGCUCUGCUCCAUUUCCAUUUAGAAACGGAAUAUCGAAGCAUUUGUUUAGGAUCCCAUGAUCACUUGUACAAAUCCAAGAAGAGUUUCGCUGACAGAGUCUGCUAUGAAGAAGUUUCUGGUAAACCAAGAAGGAACUUGACAUUUGACUUCUUCAGAUGCUUAUCUUAUUCUACCGAGGAACAAUUCGCAAAGGCAACAUAACAACAAGCUUCUUUUCCAACUAAUGAUCCAAGAACCAUAUAUAUAUAUAUAUAUAUACAGAGCAACAAAGGUGUAACUUCUGUUACUGGAUUUUCUACUUCUCCAGCUCAAGACAGAGAGAGUCGUUCCCCCAGUAUCAGAUUGUAAACUGUUAUCAUUCUUAAUAAGCCCAUUUCGGGUAUUACAAAGAAAGAAAAUAAGAAAAUUACAAGAGUUUGGAGUAAUAGUGGCUUUUCCUGUAGUGGUGAUAGGCUCUCAGUUUUAGGAGUGUUCUCUUUUCUUUUAUUUGUAGAUAGGAUAGUAAAAGUUACAAACAGAGGGUUUUGCCAUCUUGCUCUGCCGGAGGAGCUUUCUGAGGGUUACCUACAAGUUCACAAUCUGAUUUUCAGGUGCAGUGUUCCGGCAAAGUUUUGAAACAGGCUUUGGUUCCUCUUCUCUUGUAGCUUAACCAAAUAUGUUAUGUUUUUGACUGAAAAUCAAACCCUGGACUCAUGAGUGUAUGUAUGCCUUCUCUGGUUUGAAUGGCCUUAUUGUAUAAAUUGUACAUUGUUCAUCAAAGACGAUGAAAAUGGCCUUGAUACACAAAAAACAUAUAAAAGUGAGAGAAUCUUACUAUUUUAAUUGUUUUCUUUCUUUGGUAUCGUAAAGCCUCCAAAAUCGAGCGCGUUAUAAUAGUCUAAGAAUUUUUUUUGCAAUGUGUGAAUUACAUCCGACACAUACAAUAGUACAGCAAUUAUAUUACCAAUAAUCUCUGCAAGAGCAAGACCCGUCUCUAAAAUGGUGAAAUCUAUUGCAAUCUCUUACAACAAUCUCUCUACAAUACAGCUUCGAGAUCAUCUUCAUCACAAGAUGACAAUCUCCACAGAUUCUUAGGUUCUUGAUGAUCCUCACCGGAGUUCCAGGCCUCGUCUUCAUCAAACAAAAGGCAAUCGCCAGUUUCUCACUGUGGUAAGACAAAGCCAUCAUUUUACCUUUCUCAUCAAGAUCAAGUAAAACCUCCUUAGUGUCAGAAACAUAUCCAGCUUCUCUCAGCCUCUGCAUUAUCUCAUCGAGCAUAGCGUAAAUCUUUUCGCUCUCCUCUUGAGACUCGUCUCCUACAACAAACUCGUGAACCACGCCAUCUACUUCAACAGAGCUGCAUCCCGGAACUUUCUUGAUACCCUUUACCUCCAUCUCGUGUCUGACACGCUUAACUUCCAUCCACCUCCCUGUUUUGGCAUAGACGUUUGACAGAAGCACAUAGGCUCCGCUAUUCAUGGGAUCUAGCUCGAUGAGUCGCUUGAGGGCAGCUUCACAAGUCUUGAUAUCCCCAAGCAUUCUCGAUCCGCUUAAGAGAGACCCCCAAAUGAGUACAUCAGGCUCCAAUGGCAUAGACGCUAUAAAGCUCUCUGCUUCUUCGAUUAAACCAGCUCUUCCGUAGAGAUCAACCAUACAUCCAUAAUGCUGGAUCGAUGGAGUGAUACCGAAUUUCUCAAUCAUCAUUGCAAAAUAUGACUUCCCUUGGUCUAUUAGACCUCCAUGUACACAAGCACCGAGAAGGCCCACGAAUGUCACCGAGUUUGGGUUUAUGUUUUUACUCGUCGUCAUCUCAGAGAACAACUCGAAGCACUCUUCUGCGAGGCCGUAUAUCGCUAAGCAACAAAUCAUUGCACUGUAGGCCUUGACGUCUUUCUUGGAUCCCAAGGCAUUGAAAACCCGUUUUGCUCUCUCGAGACUUCCACAUUUGGCAUACAUAUCAACGAGAGCUGUGCCUAAGACGAUGUCAAUCUCGACUUUGUAUUUGUCGAUGUAAGCAUGAACCCAAUUGCCUUGCUCGAGCGCACCCAAUCGCCCACAAGCCGAGAGCACAGUCGACAUUGUGAACUCGUUGGGUCGGACGAAAGCUUCCUCUGUUUGAGGUGACUGCAUCUCUCGGAACAAAUCAAGCGCUUCUCUGUUUCUCCCGCACAUAACGUACCCGUUUAUCAAGCAGCUCCACGAGAUAACGUUUCUUUCAGGCAUUUCGUCGAACAGUCUCCGGGCAACAUCGAUCAACCCGGCUUUCACGUAGGCGUUAACCACCGAGUUCCACGCCGGUAAAUCCUUAGAGACCGAGUCGUCGAAAACUCGCCGAGCAGAGCCCAAGUCGCCACAAGAUGAAUACAUAUUGAGCAGAGAAGUCCGGACAAAGGGGUCAGUGUCGAGUCCGAAAAGAAGAAUCUGAGCAUGGGUUCGUUGUCCAAGAGGAAGAUGAAUGGGAUGGUCAAAAGAAGGGAGAAGAAACGGAAAAGUAUGGAAAUCGGGACGGACGCAAUGGUGGCGCAUACGGAGGUAAAUGGAGAUCGGAGAAUAUCGACGAGAAGGCGAGACAUUCUCAACAGUGGCACGGAUGAUGAUGUUCCAUACGAAAGACUCGAGCUUUAGAUGCCGAAUAUGAUAUAUCGGGGAUGUUCUCAUUUCGCAUUCUAACAACAAACAAGGUGUCUCUCACAAAUCGUAUUAUUAUUAUGAUUUGAUUGUUAGUUUUUAAAAUCAAUAAAUAAAAAUUCCAAACCAAAUACAUGAGGGUCCCGGUCUGAUUCAAUUUUCGGAAAACAAAAGGGUUUCGUUUGGUUUAACAUUUUUUCUAGCGAGAGAGAUGGAGGAAGAGUUGAUCACCGCCGUGCCUUGCUCUUCCCUCACCGUGGAAUCAGUUAUCCGCGUCGCGACGGCCGGUGGAUUAUAUGGGGUUUGCGCCGGACCUCGUGACGCUCGCAGAAUAGGUUUGAGCGGCGUAUCUCAAGCUUCGUAUGUGGCAAAAUCCAUUGGCAGAAUCGGGUUUCAAUGCGGUAUUGUAAGUGGUGUUUUUACGAUGACCCACUGUGGGCUUCAACGAUAUCGAGGCAAGAAUGAUUGGGUGAAUGCUUUGGUCGGAGGAGCUGUGGCUGGUGCAGCUGUUGCCAUUGGGACAAGAAACUGGACCCACGUCGUUGGCACGGCUGGUCUCGUGUCUGCCUUUAGUGUUUUGGCUAAUUGCACCAGGACUGAUGAUCUGAGACAACACUAAGCUGUUGGGUUUGUUGCUUGCAUGUCUCAGACAAGACCAUUCAUCAAGAAUUGGAACUUGGCAGAUCAAACCUGACUCUCUGGUUCACACACAAAUUUAGUUGGCUGAACCAGUUGAUGGUCUGGUCGGUUUUCUAUAGACCACGAUUUUGUUCUUGUCUCUGUAUUGAUUUGAUAAUUUACUAGUAGUAAAAUGCAAGUGAAACACAAAAAGUUCCACCACCCAGAACCUUGUUUUCAACAGUGGUGGUGACUGAUAGUGUGGGAAAAUGUAUAAUGUUUUUGCAAGUUAAUCAUAUACCUCAAACAUCAAAACUGUUACUAGAUCAAAUGAAGUGUACUUUAAAGCUAUGUUGUUUGAAUUUUAC